AUGGAUGGCACUAAACAUACCGCCCAGUUCCCUUGUCCCCGUGGUUACUACAACGCCGAGGCCCUCACCCAGAGUCUGGACAGCUGCCUGCCCUGCCCCCCGGGGCACUACUGCGAGAAGGAGGGGCUCUCAGCCGUGUCAGGGAAAUGCAACGCUGGCUGGUUCUGUGUGUCUGCUGCCUGGACCUCUCAACCUUUUGACCUGGACAACUACACGAACGCCAACUGCCUGUGUCCUGCCACAUCCACUGGGGGGCGCUGUCAGAAGGGCUUCUUCUGCCCCUCAGGUAGCUCAGAGCCCCAGGCCUGCCCUGCUGGGGCCUUCUGCAAUGCCACAGGCUUGUUUCUGCCCAGUGGGCCAUGCUCCCCGGGGUUCUACUGCACUGGUGGAGCGGUUCGGCCCAAACCCAGAGACGGAGUAACAGGAAACAUCUGUCCUCCAGGAGCUUACUGUGAGGAGGCCUUUGAGGAACCCCAGCCGUGUCCAGCCGGCACAUUCUCCGUGGUCACUGGCCUGGUGAGACAGUCUGAGUGCCAGAGAUGCACAGAGGGACACUACUGCAGUUCCACUGGGCUACAGGCCCCUACGGGCCCCUGUAGUGAUGGUUACUGGUGCCCGGCUGGUCAGGAGGCGGACCGCUUGCUGCAGUGUCCGGUCCAUCAUUACUGUCCCCUGGGCAGCCCUGCCCCACUUCUCUGCCCCUCAGGCUUUUUCCAGGACAGGGAGAAGCAGGCCAACUGCUCACUCUGUGAAGCAGGUCAUUACUGUGACCCCAGACUGGCUUCCAGAGGCCUCUCCAUCCUGCAGCGCUGUCCAAGAGGACACUACUGUCCCCCAGGGACACACCUGUCCACCCAGUUCCCCUGCCCAGCGGGCACCUACAACCCCACAGAGGGCAUGGACAGCUCAGAGGCCUGCCUUCCCUGCCCUUCCGGACAGUACUGCCCCUCCAUGGGCCUCUCUGAACCUGAUGGUGGCUGCCAGGCUGGGUUCUGGUGCAGAAGAGGUUCUAGGUCCAGCACCCCAUUAAACGGAACCUCGGGUUCCACAUGCCCCGCUGGACACUACUGCCCUGCAGGUGUGUCCUUACCUGUGCCCUGUCCACCUGGCACCUGGGCGGGCAGGACCGGCCUGGGGGACGCGGGGGAGUGCCAGCCCUGUCCGGGGGGAUCGUACUGUGCCACCCCUGGACUCACAACACCCACAGGCCUCUGCACAGGAGGGUUUUACUGUGUGGAGGGGGCAGUGACACCCAACCCCUAUGAUGGCACCACGGGUGCCCCCUGCCCAGAGGCUCAUUACUGUCCUGUAGGAACCUCUCAGCCUGUGCCGUGUGAGCCAGGGACCUAUAUGAGUGCGACACAGGCCCCAGAGUGCUCUGUGUGCCCUGCAGGCUGGUACUGCACUUCUGGCGUUCGGCUGCUCUGUCCAGCAGGGUUCUACUGCCCUGAGGGCACAGGGGACACAUGGCGCUCCUGCCCCGUGGGCACGUACGGCCCUGCUGGUGGCCUGGGCAGGGUGUCGGAGUGUCGCGAGUGUGAUGGAGGACACUACUGCAGCAUGCCCAACACCACCUCUGUCACAGGGCCGUGCUCUGAGGGGUACUUCUGCCUGCCCGGCAGCACCACCCCACGGCCCCUAACCACAGAGGAAGGAGGUCCGUGUCCAGUGGGCCAUUUCUGCCCAGAAGGGACAUCGCAUCCACAUGCAUGUCCUGAAGGCACCUACAGCAACAUCUCUAAAUUAAUCUCCCAGGUGAGCUGCAGGCCGUGUGCUCCUGGACACUACUGCAGUGCUGCUGGUAUGAGCACGCCCACUGGGGAAUGCUGGGAAGGCUACUACUGCCAGCAGGGGGCAGUAUAUCCAAACCCACACAUCAGGGACGAGCGGGGAGGGCCCUGUCCGUCAGGAUAUUUCUGCCCCAAAGCCUCCGUUGGGCCUCUGAUCUGCCUGGCUGGCUACCUCAGCACAGAGGAGGGACGAGCCAACUGCAGCCUCUGCCCUCAGGGUUACUACUGCCCUGGCAGCAGCUCCACUAAUCAAAGCAGAGCGUGUCCUGUUGGGCACUACUGCCCCGCGGGCACCAGCAGUCAGUACCAGCACCCGUGCCCAGAUGGCACUCUGAACCAGCAGGAGAGAAUGGGCUCGCCCCACGACUGUACACCAUGCCCUCCAGGCCUGAGUGAGGUCUCGGGGCCGUGCUCUGCUGGUCACUUCUGCUCUUUGGGGGCCGUGUCCCCCCGGCCAGAGGACGGAGUGACGGGGGACAGGUGUCCUCGGGGACACUACUGUCCCCCGGGGGCCUCCGUGCCACUGCCCUGUCCGGCUGGUCGCCACAGCAACACCACCGGCAACGCCUACCUCUCUGACUGCAAGCCCUGCCCAGCAGGUUUCUCCUGCUCCAGUAGGGGGCUCUAUCUCCCCUCCGAAGUCUGCCCUGCUGGAUUCUUCUGCCCUGACGGGGAGGGCUCCAACCACCCCACUCCACAAACCUGCCCCCCGGGGUUCAUCUGCCCCCAAGGAAGUCCUGCCCCCACCCCCUGUCCAGCGGGGACCUAUCAGGAGCAGUCUGGCCAGACGCGGUGUGCCCCCUGUCCUGCUGGCUUCUUCUGCGCCGCCUCACUGCACCCUGGCACAGGUGGCACAGAGGUAGUAGAAGGCUCCCACACACCCACCCCCUGCCCCGAGGGGCAUUACUGCCCAGUAGGCACCCAGUCUGGCCUGGACUUCCCCUGUCCUGUGGGCUCCUUCAGUGACCAGCGGGGCAUACGCAGCUCCAGCCAGUGCGCCCCCUGUCCAGCAGGCCGGUACUGCAGCUCUGCCGGACUGGCUGGCCCAUCAGGACACUGCUCUCCUGGGUAUGUGUGUCUCCAGGGCUCUGUGCAGCCUCAGCCCACGGGCGAGCUGACCGGCAGCCGAUGCCCCGCAGGCUUCUACUGCCCCGCGGGCACCACCCACGCCCUGCCCUGCCCGCCCGGCACCUGCAGCUCAUUAGAAGGAGCGGUGUCAGUAGACGCCUGUCAGCUGUGUCCUGCGGGUCUCUUCUGCUCUGACUUCGGUCUGACGGCCCCAUCAGGGCCCUGCAGCGCUGGGUACUUCUGCUCACGAGGAGCCACCACUCCCACGCCUCACGACACAGAGACUGACAGUGAGAUGUGUGGGGGGGCCGUGGAGGUGGACACACGCUCGUCUGUCCCGCCCAGAGCAGGAGUGUGUCCCAGAGCAGGAGUGUGUCCCAGGGGACACUUCUGCCCCAGGGGUACAGCUGAGCCCCAGCCCUGUCCGCCAGGUAACCCUAGAGCUGUCCUCUCUUCCAGGUAA